GGGGAGAGGGGAGCUGACCGGAACGGGUCAUAUGGGAGUCGUUUCAAGACGGAAGGGGAAGGCCCGGCCCCCGAGGCCUUCUUGAGGAACGGUGAGCAUUUUGUCUGAAAAGAAGAAAUAACUGGUAACAGCAGAAAGAUUGUCUCUCCCCCACCCUGGCUAUGCAGGAGCAAUGGAGGAUUCUGAUGAAGAAACCUUUGAUGUAGCCAUCUCCUCCUUCUCUGAUGCAGAGUUUGAUGCAGUUGUUGGGAAUCUGGAGGAUAUUGUAAUGGAUGAUGAUUUCCAGCUAAUGCAGAGGACUUUUAUGGAGAAGCACUACCAGGCAUUUGAUGACUCAGAAGAAAACAAGCUCAUCUAUACUUGUAUUUUUAAUGAAUAUAUCCAUUUAGUAGAGAAAUACAUUGAAGAAAAGUUGCUUGAACGGAUUCCUGGUUUCAAUAUGACUGCUUUCAUAAUGUCACUGCAACAGCACAAAGAUGAAAUUGCAGGUGACAUAUUUGAUAUGCUUCUCACAUUUAUUGACUUUCUGGCUUUCAAAGAAAUGUUUCUGGAUUACAGAGCUGAAAAGGAAGGCCGAAGUGUGGAUUUAAGCAGUGGGCUAGUGGUGACUUCACUAAACAAGUCAUCAAUGUCUUCCUCCUAGACCAGUUUAUGCAAGACUUUGCUUCUGCAGAUGAAGAAUCCUGGAACUUUAAAGGAAUCCUGUUGAUGUAUUUUGUAAUUGUAGAGCUAAAGUAAUGGUUUGCAGCUAAAAUUGAAAAUAUCCUGUCAUUGUUUUUAUUGAAGUACAUUUUCAUUCUUUUCCUGUUGCAGUUGUUUCAGUUAAUUACUUCAGUCAAUGGCAGUAUGAGUAAGUACCUCGGCAGUUACAUUCUGUUAGGAGUUCUGCUGUAUUUUAAACAAGGCCUCUUGUUAAUCCAGAGGCCACAAGGCAUGCUGGGGGUCAGUUGUUCUUUUGAUGGGGAAUUGUAUCUUGGUGAUCCCUGCAAGACCUGCCUGCCUCUGUGCUGCUUUCUCCUGUCUGUGUUUCUAUGGGCCUCUGUCCCCAGGAUAACUUGUCCCUCUGUCACACUCCUAUUACUCAUCCCUGUUUCAGUGUGUUUUCAAUCAGGCAGAGGGGCUUUUUAAGAGAGAUUAAAUGUCUCUAUAUAAUGAACUACCUGUGUACAAGCCUGGCUUCAUGUUUAAGAGUUUUAAUGUUGUCAUAACAAUGCAUGCAAAGGCUAAUUUUCUUACUGUUACCAAUAUAUAUAUAUAUGUAUAUAUAUAUUUGUGGAAACAUGACCCUUCAUUUCACUCACUGAAAACCAAGCAGAGACUGGUGUGUCAGGGACUGCUGCAGUUUGUCCAGUUCCUUUUCGGUUCACACCUUCCAUUAAUGCAACUACGUUUUCUGAGCCUACCUCUGUUCAGGAGCUGUUAGACCUUCUCCUGUGUGGUGCAUGCAGUGCAUUUUGCAGUGUGGCUCACUGUGCUCCAGCUUCCCUGUGUAGCAAGAUCUGGAAAUAAAUUGAACUUGUUUCAUCUA